AUGAUCAAGCAGGUUCGUGUGCAAAGACCAGGGCCCAACGAAGUCUUCACGAAGCUGCCUGAUGAGGUGUUGCGCAUGAUCCUGGAUCAUCUGAAGGUGCUUCAUCUGGAGGAAAGAAGCACCAGCUGUGCGACAUGCUGGAUGCGAGAUUGCUGCUCGAUCACUGUGUGUAAUAGGCGGUUGCUCUAUGCUGCCAGGGCUGUGCUGUACGACGAGAUCCAGCUGGUAGGCCCAGACAGCGCCGUGCAGAGAAAGAAGUACAAGGGCGUCUACUCUACGAGGCUGGUUCUCCUCAGAAGGACCCUCCGGUCGAACCCCAAGAUCGCCUCGACGGUCCGUGCCCUCAAGGUGCCAGCUCUUGCGGACGAAGCCCCUCUGGAACCCGAAUCCUAUCAUGACAUUGUCGCCUCUGUCGUGAUGGCCUGCCCGAACCUCGAACGGCUGCAAGGCUUUUACCCUACCUACAACCAUAGCGACAGCAGAAUCUUUCAGGCCCUGUCGACUAGGACAAAACUCAAGGAGAUGACCUGGGUCGUGGACGCGGAACCAACUGAGCCGGAGGGUCAGCAGCAGGCGCGGCUCUCCAAAAUCAAGGGCCGUCCACAAUCCAGACAUGCCUCAUACUCGAUGGGAUCUGGGCGUCCCUCACAUUCUCUCAACUACCUCCCAGUCCAGCUCGCCAACAACUUCGUCCGCCAACAUAUGGAAUGGACCGAAUUGUCCCACUUGACGAUCCAUUGUCUUCCUGGCGCAAACCUCUACACUCCCAACGACCUCCUCGGCGUCAUCGUCACCUAUUUGCCCUCGCUGCAGUCACUUUACUUAUCAGACAUUCCUGCUGUUUCUUUCAACGACAGUACCCUGCUGGCUCUGCCCAAGCCUUUGAAGAGACUUGGCCUGGUGCGUUGUGCCGGUGUUACUACUGCCGGUCUGACCACGUUUGCAACACACGACUCAGCCAAGGAACUUGAAACCCUGACCUUGAUUCAUCAAAAUGUCGACUCCCUCCCAGCCAUUGUCCGGAUCUUCUCCAACCUCUCCAACCUCACCACGUUCAGCCUUGUGCAGACCUUAGCGCCCACACCAGACGACGACUUCUUCUGCUUUAUGCCCUAUGUUGCGUCUCAGUCCCUGAAGAUGCUUCACUGGGACAUAUUCGAGAGCGGGCUGAACACCGCUGAUCGGAAUGGAGAGGGUGCAGGUACAAGUGGUCCCACCAGGGCCGAUGCCCUCCUGGCGCGAAGCAUCGCCGCCAACGGCUUUCCCAACCUGCGCUUCCUGCGCACGCCCUGUGACACGGGUGGCCUGUUCCAGGCUCUCUGCCGGCCCAAGGAGCGGGUCGAGCUCCUUGGCGACAGGUUCCGGACCGGUUUGAUAAACCAGGCGUCGUCGACGACACCGGGCGGAACGCGACCCUCUCACAGAUCUGUCAACAGCUUCAGCAGUAGCAGCAAGGCAAUUGACCCCAGCGCUGCCGGCAGCGAUCUCCACCAGGCGCGGCUCGCGGCCCAGGCGAGGUUAGAGGCGGCGCGCCGGUUACCGCGGAUAGAGGUGAACAUUCAGGAUGAGGAUGGAGUUAUUAUUGAGUCGUCAGGGUUGGCGGCGUAUAUCGGCGACGUUACGAGCAGGAUCACCUAUUUGCUGACGCCGGAUCAUGGCGGGACAGAUGAACGCGGCGGGCUGGUUGGUGUCGCGGAGCUGCUCUCGGACGGCGGAGAGGACCUCGCGGGCGAGGCGACCAAGGUUAUUGAUGGCUGUACGGGCCGAUGGAACUCGUAUAACUGUGACAGGUCCGCGUCGGCUAAAUCUAGCGAGGACGCAUGGUGGCAUACGGAGAGAGGGCGUUGGAAGAAUCCGUCGCAACUCUCUUGA